UAUUCUAUUCUAUUCUAUUGUUUUAUUUUCUAUUUUUUGGUAAAUAAUUGAAAUAUUGCUCAAAUAGCCAAAUGAUGAUUUAUUGAUAAAAUAACACACAAAAAAGAUAAAUUAUUAAAAGAUAAUACACUAUUAAUGCUAAAACAAUUUAUCUAUAAUAUAUAAAUCUAAGAACCUUUUAUUUUGAAUAAUGAAGGUCAUUUAAGUAGUAGUACCACUAAUUUAAAAAUAAUUCACAUCUAUAUGCAAAAGUAUAAUCUUAAUUGAAAAUAAAAAUAAAAAUUUUGAUUGAGAGAACAAAUUAAAAAGAAGAAAAAAGAUCGGAUAUUGAAGAUUUACGCUAUAAUUAUUUAUCGUAAAUCCAAACCGAAAUUCCUGGAUACGCCAUUGCUCACUACCUAUCUAUUAAUAUAACACUCCACCACAACUUCCCCAACUCAUCAUUCCUCUCUCUCCCUCUCAAACAUGGAUCGACGAAAUCAACAUUAAUUCAUCGAUUUUGUUAAUUAGACACUCUGUGUUGUAAGCUAGCAAUGAAGUUUUUGCUCGAAUUGGUGGCUUGUUGCGGAUCAUCGUCGGAGGAGGAAAGGCGGCCGUCGGAAGAUGCGCGGCUGUUGGUGGCGCAGCGGCGGAAGCAUGAGAGGGCGCGGCGCGGCGGCCGUGAGUGGCGGCCUUCGUUGUCGUCGAUAUCGGAGGACGUGCUAACGGCGAGGAGAAUUAAUAGCAGUAAUGUCCAACAGCCGGCGAAGGGGUGGCACCGCAGCCUCAAGAGAAAGGUCGCCUCCGUUUCCCAAAGAGAUCGCCGCCGUUCCCCCGCUCACGACGAUUUCCGGAGGGCCCACACGUCAACAGUAAUGCCAACCUUUUCACCUGCGCCCUUCAUGUUUUGAAGCAGUCAAUUUAACACCAACCCAAUCUACUUUGCAUUUGUAUACUCUGAUGUGUCUCGUAGAAUAUAAUCUAUGCCUACCACUUGUUUCAACCUCUGUAAAUAUGACUACCAUAAAACUUUCCACUCCAUUUCUUUGUCAA